AUGGGCGCAAGAGAAAGUGUACAACUUCGACGAGAGCCUACCGCAGAAACCCACGUGAUUGUCACGGAUGGCCCUCGGUGGUAUGAGGCCCUCCGCUUAUGGUCCACUCGCGCACGUGGGCAACAUCAAGUGCGCUCGACGGUGACUUGUCACCCCGUGGGCACCAAGGCCCACACCGCACACUUCGCUCGGUCACAGGCCCACAAGGGCGGGGAGGAGAAAGUCAAGUCCACUGGCGACGGCCGUCGGCCGAUGGAGCGCAGACGGAGCGAUACUGGCCCACCAUGA